AUGAAGUUUUUAGAAUACACCCCUCUGGACAGGUACCUGCUUAUAUGCCCGCAUAUUCUUAUGAGAAAGUAUCGAUUACUGCUCAUUGCCAAAAUAGUAUUUUCUCACUUUAUUUUAAGGGUUUCUCAGGAAUUGCAUUUAAUUUAUUUUGCAGCUUCAGUCUUUUUCUUAGCCAUCUAAAUCUUGGGGAAAGCACCAUUAAAGGAAGCCUGGAGGCUUACUCAUGUGAGCGCAUGCCUUCGGUGACUUGGGCGCCUCUUCGUUUCGUCUGUUUUUCUCCAGUGCAUUAAUAAGUCAUUAUUUCGUUCACCAUUAAGAAUCAUUUUCUUUCCUCUUUCAGGCAAACACACCGUCUGUGAUAAGAAGCUAUCUCUUAGCCUUGAGCACGAGGUAGUAAUAGUUGGAGCUACAUUCAUAUCAGCUUUCUUAUUUACUUCUGUUUGUGAAACUUAUUUGCCGUUGUUAAAAGGUUCAUUAGUAUAGGCCCAGGCGACGAGGGCCUCCUUUGCAUGAAAUUAAUAAUAACUGUGAUUAUCUAUAGGGACAAACACCCACAAUUUGGUUUUUUAUGUGCUUAUUUGCGUUCCUGGGCAGGAUUAGAGCUCUUGGAGAUCAUUAAAGCAAGAUUUAUAGAAAUCCUGGCCUUCUUCGUUACUUUUCCUGGGUGAUUUCUAUGCUCACAUUCGUCUCCCACAGCUGUCCGCAUCAGUUCCCCGUUGUGCGAAGUGCAUUUUUUUGUUAAUUCUGGGAGCCUUGAAGUUGUUAACUGACUGUUCUGUGGAGAUUUUUUUUUUUCCUUUCAUGCCUCUGCUACGGAAAUAUAAUUUUAAAUUAAAAUGGGGGCUCAUCGUUUUUUAUUUGAGACCUGUACUGUUCUUUCAAUAUUCUUUAGGGGACAAGGAUGAUUGCUAGGAGAACCCACUGGUUCACAAAAAAAUAUUUUUAAUUAAUCAUAAAAGAAAAUCCUUCCUUCAUACCAACGCACUUGCUUCGUCACGUUAUAUGGGCAUUGUAAUUUCUGAAUAAUCAUGAGUCGGCUUCUUUCUUUGCAACUCAAGAAAGUGUAUCCAAGUUGUGUAUCCCAUAAUUUUUUUCCGGCUUUGAUUCAUGCUUACAUCUCUUGCUUCAGAUUCUUGGUUAUCUUGGGCAGUCUUCAGAUGGUGAUUCGCCGUCACUGGGGGACUAUAUGUGUAGGUCAAGGUUGUAGAACUCCCUUCACAGGUGUACAAUGUCAAGCUAUUUUAUUUAAUUUUUAAUUUCUUUCAAGCUCUAACUUUUCCCUUCCCUUCUUCUUCCAGCCGAAAAACAUUGAUUUACCUGGUUCUUACGCUCAGCCACAUGUACCCGGAUCAUCAUUUCAGGUACUUUAAUUAGCCAUGGCAUUAAUAAACCUGAGAUUAAACCCAAGGAAGGAUAUUGGGUUAAUGCCACUGUCAGCUUUAUGGGCGUCGUGGCAACCCGCAAUAUAUCCUUUCCUUACCAAGUUCGGGAGUGUUGUCGGAUUGGAUUGACAGACGGUCUGCAGCCGUCGCUCCGGAAGGAGCUGAGAGUUCGAGCCUCUCCAUUUCCCCCGCACGUAUUGGUGCAGUCGUGUGUCUAUGCGUCGUUGGUGUCUCUCAGAAUCCAAGUGGAAUUCUUUCUUUAACGUCUGUUGGCUUAGCAGCGCUGUUCAGGCCCAUCUUUUCUUCAACGAGGAAGUGUGGGACACUUUCCGGCACAUCUUUGAGACCUACCUCUUCGAAGCCGCUAAGGUAAUGCUUAUCUUUAAAGCCCAUGAAAAAUAUGCCCCCUUUAAAUCUCUUCUCGCGGAUUCUUCAACUUAUCUCCGGGCAGAAUUUGCUUCUGGUACAUUUUGAUGCCGCCUGGACCCAAGAAAGCAUGUAGAUUCCCUGUUCAUGGGCUCGUUAGCAUACGAGAUCAGCGGAUGCCCGUCUAACAAUCGGACCAAGUUCGAGAGAUCUCCUCAGUUUUAUUGGUUUCCUUUCUCUGUGCAUUGUCCUCGUAUUGAACCAACCGAAGGAGAAUGCUGGAGAAUUUAGUUUAGUGAGAUCUUUUGUCUAACGACUGCAAGAGAUUACAUCUUCAUUCUCUAUGGAGCAUGAUUUACACCAAUGUCGCCAUUUCUUAAUGGGAGAAUGCAUCUCAUUCUCUGUCACAGGAAUGGGCCUUGGACAACAGCGGCGACUCUCUCUUUGACAGCAUGUCUAAAGCCAUUGACGAGGUGACCCAUUCUCUCUCUCUCUCUCUCUCUCUCUCGAUUCUCUGGAAGAUGUCUGCAACCAGAGGUAAUCAGCACGCUGUUGAUAACGCAGGUUGUGAGGUUAGACGAAUGCGAGAUCUACAGUUACAGCCCAGGCUUCGAUGGGGACCCGUUCUUGGAGAAAGGAGCCAUGUAAUGCCUGCCUCGACCGAGAGUAGUUUCAGCCAGGCCAUUGAGCCGCCAUGAGAAACUUCUUUAACCCGGUAGCUGGUCUCCUUGCAGAUGGUCCUUCCAUUUCUUCUUCUACAACAGAAAGCUGAAGCGGGUGAUCAGCUUCCGAUGCUGUUGCUUGAGGUGGGCUCCCUUCCUUGUCGAAGAUUUUUGACCUGAUGUGGAGUUCACCGAGAUUAAUUUACCCUGUUUGUUCGUUCACUCGACAGCAACUUGGCAGAGGAAGGUUUUCUUGCCGGCGGCGCGUCUGACGACGGUGAUGAAGACGAUGCGAUUUUCAGCAACAUGGACAUGUGA